AAUAAUAAUAUAACACAUUUGGAAAAUAUAAAUCAUAUUCUCAUGGACAAAGAAAAAAAAUUAUACAGCAGGAAAUUAUUAGAACAAAAAAAUAGUUAUAAUUUAAAAUUAAUCAAUUUUUAUAAAUUAGAAAUAAACAAAUUAAGAGAAUCGCUCUUGUCUCUUAAAACAUAUUAUUACAACUAUAAGAUUAAAUCAAAGAAAAACAUCAAUGAACUUAUUAAUCAAUAUGAAAGAAUAAAAUACCAAUUUAUUGAAUUACAAAAGAGACAAAAAAGCUAUGAAAAAAAUUUCCAGAAAAAGUAUGCAAAAGCUUGGGAUCUUCAAAGAAAAGAAGCUAUGAUAUAUAUCGAAAAAUUAAUAAGUGCUAAUAAAAUUAUACAUGAACAAAUAUUCUUAAAAGAUUUCCAAGAAACUAAUUAUAAAUAUUUAAUACAAGAAAAUAUCCAUGUAGUGACAUCACAUAAAGAUGAUGAAAAUACGGUGAUACAAAUGAACAUGAAGAAAGUGACACCUGAACAAAUAGAAAAAGUUAAAAAGUUAUUAUUACAAGAAUGUUUAUUUCUUAUAGAUGAAACGAAUAUAAAAGAUGAAGAAGAAAAGAUAAGAAAAAUAUUAAAUUAUAUAGGAGUACACACAAAAGAAGAUCUAGAAUUAUUAACUGAAUUAUUCUACAUAGAUGCUGAUGAAGAAAAUUACCUCAUAAACAAAUUUAAUAAAAACGAAGACGAUAAUAAUAUACUAUAUAAUUCAGAAUAUGCAUUAGAUAUUAUCCUCAAAUAUUAUCAAGAGAAAGAAAAAGAAAAUACUUGUAGAAUAUCAAAAGAUAAACAAAAAUAUAAAAACAGAUUAAAUAUAUCCUUAAA